UUUUAGAUUACCAAUAUGUCCAGAGAAGCAACAUGCGUAUCAUGCCAUUUUACAAUAUGCUUUGCUUUGCUAAUCUUUGUACAAUCCACCAUUGCCAUUCCAGUCUUCCAUUCCAGGAAAUUAACACUUCGACCAGAUGAGCUUUUGUUAACUUAUAUACCUUCAGAAGGUUUGCUAUCCCGAGCUGAUCAUGAGAGUUGGUCCGAUGUUCUGGAAAAUAUUCAAAAUGAUCAUAUGCAAUACUUACCAUUCCGAAGACUUAUACGGAAUACCGGUUCAGGCGAUGAAGCACGCUAUCAGAUCCGACAUGUGGGUGACUUGCCAAUGUUUCGAUUUGGAUAGUUCCGUUCCUCUCUCUCGCUUCUCUAUGCCUAUGUCGUACAUUUGGCUGAUGGCGC